ACUCUGUUUAGUCUGUGUGUGUUUAUCAUGACUCCCACGAGUUUUUUGCCAAAAUUAAUAAUGAUAAUAAUAAAUAAUAACAACAAUAAAAAAAAAUAAAAAAUUAUAUUCAAUGCAUGAUUAUUUGUAAUGAGUGACGACAAUGUGUGAAAUAAUUCAUAAUGCAUUGAAUAAAAAAUUAAUAUUUAAAAAAGAAAUGUUGUUUAAAUCAGUGUACAAUCAACUUAUCAAUUAAUUUAACAUGGCAUAUGAUUGUUAAUAUUAUAUUUAAGUACUUUGGCCUUGUCGCUAAAUUUGUUUUAUGAUUCGUCAAAGGGUCAUCUAUUAUUUCUUUCUCUUUCACACAUAGUCUAAAUAUUUUUUUUAAUAGCUUUAAUUUAAAAAAACAAAAAAAAAACAUUUAUUUUUUUGAAAGAUAAUAUUGAAUAACAAUGUUAUGUUAAACAUUUAAAAUAUUAAUUAGAAAAUAAUGAUUAAACAGCAAAACUUUAUCACUAAUAAAAUAGUCGCUUUGAUGAUAAUAAAAACAAAAAGGAGGAAAAAAUAUAUCAAAAAAAAAACUAAUCUAAAUGAGCAAUUUUAAUAUUCUUGAUGGUAUUCAUAACGGUUGUGUAACUAAUGAUAAUUUUAUACUUGAAAUAUUCUACAAAUCAACAUAUGAAUCUAAAUAAUUUUUAAUCUAUUAAUUCUUUUUUUUAUUUUUUUGUUUUUUUUUAUUUCUUUUAGCUUUGAUGGAUAAUUUAAGAGAAAAAAAAAAAUUGCCAAAUGGUGCUUAAUGAUGAUCAUCAAAUAAAGCUUUUAAUGAUUUUUAUUUUUUCAGUUAUAAAAUAUAGUUGGUAUAGAUAAGCAAGCCAACACAAGAAGACAUGUUAAUAACAAAAGUUUUUCGUUGAGGUGAAAUGUCUCGAACUUUGCCGGACAGAGUUGCUGGGCUUUAUUAUGCCCAUGGUCUUUUUUGCUCAUCAUAUCCAUAUCCAGUACUUUUUGUUGCAAUAUCUGUUGUACUACUAUGCUGUUAUCCAUUGGGAAAUCUGCCAAUGCCUGGCAAUGUACCACGUGCUGUUAUAAAUCAAACGAGUUUGCCUUUAAAUAAUACAAAUGGACCAGCUUUUUAUAUACAACAAGUUGCAUUGAGAGUUGGUGUUAUACCAUGGAAAAAUGAUCUUGCAUUAUCUGAUGCAUUCAGGGGACCACUUUAUGAAGUUUUUAAUUUGUUAGAAAUAAUACAAAAUUAUCAGGAUCCAGAAACAUCAAAAAAUCUUGGUCAAGUAUGUCUACAUGUCGAGGAUAUACGAAAAAAAAAAUCAAAACCACCAGACAUUUUACCAGAGUAUAAUUGUCUUGUUUUAUCACCAGCAAAUUUAUGGCGACAAAGUUUAGAAAUAUUUAAUCAAGAUACAAAUAUUCUUGGAACAAUAUUUUCAUAUCAGAAUUUACAAAAAGGAAAAAAUAGUAUUGCUGAAAUGGCUUUUGGUAUGAAUUUAAAAGAGACUGGAGUAAAAAGAUAUCCUGUUCGUGUUCGUCAAAGAAUAUUGCAAUAUGCUGUCACGAUAUUUUUAAAAGAAUACGAUCCAAGAUUUAUAAAUGGUUUAAAGAGUCGUUUGACAUCAUACUACUCACUUCAUCAGUCGAAAGAUAAAAAUGAAAUAUUUUCAAGUGAUGAAACGUUGCAUAUAAUUUAUCCUGGUGAAUUUAAUUAUAAUGAUUUCUUUCCACUUAUGAUGACAUUUGUUGCAUUAUUUUUUUACGUUUAUUUUUCAAUGCGUAAAAUUGAACUUGUUAAAUCAAAAAUAACCGUUGCAAUAUGUGCAACAUUAACAGUUAUAUUAUCACUAUCAAUGACAAUUGGUGUUUGUUUUUUUUUUGGUUUAACAAUGAGUAUGAGUGGUAAAGAAAUAUUUCCUUAUCUUGUUAUAAUUGUUGGUCUUGAAAAUGUACUUGUAUUGACAAAAAGUGUUGUAAGUACACCAACACAUCUUGAUGUUAAAAUACGUGUUGCACAAGGUUUAUCAAAAGAAGGCUGGUCAAUAACUAAAAAUUUAUUAACUGAAGUUACAAUAUUGACUAUUGGACUAUUUACAUUUGUACCAGCAAUUCAAGAAUUUUGUAUAUGUGCUAUUGUUGGUUUAUUAAAUGAUUUUUUUUUACAAAUUGUUGUAUUUUCAACAAUACUUGCACUUGAUACAAGAAAAACUGAGCUGUCUGGUGAUAAUAAUAAAUAUCAUUAUCCAAAUAUACCAAUAACAAGAAAACAACAAUUUACAACAACAGCAACAACAACAACAGCAAAACCAACAUUUUAUCGUUCAAAAUCACAUCCAAAAUUAAAUGGUAUGACAAUUGAACCGACAAAUAUCAUUGCACCAACAAGUAAAAAUCAAAAAAUCAUUGUUAAAUUACCGAAACGUUUGAGACUUGUACAUUUUUGGGCAAGAACAAGAAUAUUUCAACGUGCAUUUAUGGUUUGGAUGGUUGUUUGGAUAAGUAUGAUUAUUUAUAACUCUAGUAUUGUUGAACAAUUAAUACAUUUGAGUGAUACGUUGAAACCUGAUGCUGUUAUUGAUAGCUAUACAAUUGAUAGACCUCACACAAUCAAAAGUUAUGUUGGAUUAAAUAAAGCUAAAUCUGUUGUUGCAACAACAGAAAAUCCAGAAAAUAUUCUUGAACAGUUACAAAAUAAUAGUAAUAGCAACAAUGACACCGAUAAUAUUACUGAUGAAUUAAAUAAAUUACGACCAGUUGAUUUUCCACCGUGGAAUCGUUUGUCAUUGUAUCACUGGUCAUCAAUACUCAACAUGUACAAUAUAUCUGUUGCUGGUGAACAACUUACAAUUUUACCAACAAUAAAAUUAUCUCACGCAGUAAAUCCACAAUUAGCACGGCAAAUAAAUAAUCCAAAUGAUAUUCAACAUUUUCAAUGGCAAAGUCUUGCAACUGCUGCACUUGAUCCACUUGAUUUUUCAGAUAUUGAAGUGCCAAUAAGAUCAGAAGGUCGUGGUGUUUUUAAUACUGAUACACCGUUUGUACCAUCAAGUCCCAUGGAAAUAUUUUUAGCAGCAUUAUUAUGUUUAAUAAGUGUUAUUGUUGUUGCAUAUACAAUGGUUGUACUUUAUCGUUGUAUAUGCUCAAGAAAUUAUGCUGAAUGGCGUGCAAGUUGGUAUCAACAAGAAAAAAAUAAUGAUUCAUUUUCACAAGUUGUUUUGGAAGCAUUGCCAUUAUCAUUAGAGGGACAUUCACAAGAAAUUGAAUGUGUUGCAACUGAUGGUGAUACCAUAGCAAGUACAUGUCUUUCUGGUCAUAUUAAAAUAUGGGAUUCAAUAAGUGGUGAUAUGUUGACACAUAUAAAUAGAAAACAAUUUUUUAAUAAUAAACCAAAAAAUGAUAAUUUAAUUAAUGACAAUGAUGAAUUAAUGUCAGAUUAUGAAAGUGGUUCACCACCAUCAAGAGGUGAAAUUGAUACAAAUUUAUGCUCUGUAUUAAAAAAUGUAAAUCAACAAGAAAAAUCAACAACAUCAUCAUCAUCAAAUGGAAUUGAAAAAAAUUUAUAUGACAAUGAUUAUAAAAUAAAUAAUAAUAAAAAAUAUAAAUUACAAAAUUAUAAUCAAUUAUUUGAUUAUCCAAAUUUACGUUCAACAAUAAAUACAAAAUUUUCAACAAUUAAAUAUCAAUCAAAGCAAACAAAUUAUGAUAAUGGUUUUGAUUAUGGUGAUAAUAUUACAAAUUUAUUUAAACAAUAUAAAAAUUCAUCAGAUAUAUUAUUAAAUGAACUUGAAAAUAAUAAUAUAUUUAUUGAUUCAAAUGAAUUUAAUAAUAAUCAUAAUUUAAAUGACAGUACAAGCUCAUUAAAUAAUAAUAGUAAUAAUAAUAAUAUCAAUAUUAAUAAUAAUAUUAAUGAAAAAACAGUACCAUCAAUAUGGUGCAUUGAUUAUCAAGAAAAUAUACUUGUUGUUGGUUGUGCAAAUGGUGUACUUGAAUUUUGGGAAGGUACAACUGGUCGUUUUAAAUGUUAUUUUGAUGAUGGUUCAGGUAUUGGUAUAUCAUCUGUUAAAUUAAUAUGGAAUCGUGUUAUUGCUGCAAAAUUAAAUGGUUCACUUGAUUUUCUUGAAUUGGAAAGAUACAAUGCAAAUGAUGGUAAUAAAAGUAGUUGGGGUUUUACAUCUGGUAGAAGAACACAUGUUAGAACUGGUAGUGCUGGUUCACCAAUGGAUAUUAAUAAUACAAUACAAACUGAACAAGAUUUAAGAUGUUUAAAAAAAUGUACACAUCGUGCACAUCAACAAGCAAUAACUGUAUUAGAUAGUGAGGGUGGUCGUGUGUUAACUGGUAGUCAAGAUCAUACACUUAAAGUAUUUAGACUUGAGGAUCAACAACCAUUAUAUACAUUACAUGGACAUUGUGGACCAAUAUCAUGUUUAUUUAUUGAUAGAAUGAGUCCAAUGACAUCUGGAAGUGGUUCACAAGAUGGAUUAUUAUGUGUAUGGGAUUUAUUAUCAGGUACAUGUGUUUAUAGUAUUCAAGCACAUGAUGGAUCAGUUGCUGCAAUAACAUGUUCAGCUUCUUAUGUUAUAAGCAUUGGUACUGAUGAACGUCUAUGUGUUUGGGAACGUUUUCAAGGACAUUUAUUACAUGCAUUACCAGCACAUAGAUCUGCUUAUAGUUUACAAUUAAUUAUGCUUACACAUAAUUUAUUAAUAACUAGUAAUCAGGGCUCAUUAAUUGUUUGGGAUGUAAGCACUGGUGAACCAAUUAAAGAAGUGAGAUUAGGACACAAAGACAGUUGUGUUUAUGUGAAACAAAUGAUUUCACUUAGGGAAAGCAUUGUUUGUGAUUUUGGACGACAAUUACGAAUAGUCAAAUUUCCACUUAUUUUCAAUAAGACGGAGUAGCUUUUUUUUUUUUUCUUUUAAUAAUAAUAAUAAUAAAAUUUGUGCUUUUGUUUUUUUUUUUUUUUUUUUUACAAUUCAGCAAUAUUUAUUUCUUUUAAUUUUUUGAACUGACAAAAUGUCGAUAUUUAAAAUAUUUUAUACGUAUUAUUAUUGUUCAUUGAAUCGUUUUAUUUAUUAGUAAUGAAUGCGUUAUUUGUGAGUGCUUGUGAGUUAACAAUAACUGAUGAAAUUUACAAUCAAAGCGAAUUUUUUUUUUUUUUUUCAUUUAACUCGAAUGGCUGUGCAAAAAAUAUUGGGUAGUUUUGUUAGUUUUUUUUUUUUUUAAACUCAAUAUUUAAUGGUAAAACGCCAGUGUACAGAAAGAGAAAAAAAAACAAAUUUCAAAGAAUAUUUAGUAAAUAAAAAGGCUGGU